AUGGCGGCGACCGCUACCGCGCCCCCGCCCCUCUCCUCACCUGCAGUUGGGGUUGUUGAUCAUGAGGACAGCAACAUCUCCAGUCCCCUCAGCGAGGUUGACACCAAGGACGACAACGACGAGGACAUUGAACACAUGCAUCUUGACAAUGACGACGAAGACAGCACCAGGCCGACCCCCAAGAAGAAGCCUCAUGCCACCUCCGAUUCUGACAGCGUCCUCUCCGAUGCCCACACCUCGGACGGCAACGAUACUGAAGCAGAGACUGAGCGGCUCUACGACACCCCGAGGCACCAGCGACAGAGGGACGUCGUUGUGGAUCAAUUCAACGAGGGCCAAGUCUUUGAACACACCCCGAGCAAGCUCCGAAGAACCGCCAACCUAGACGACCAUCACGACGACGAAUCCACCAUGGGAGACGACGCCUCUAUAGGCUCUCCAACAAUCGGAAUAGAAUCCCCAUCGAAACCUGCGACAAAGCAUGACGCGGCAUUGGAAGAUGACCAUAAGAAUGACUCCCAAGACCGCAAGCGAAAGCGCUCACCAGCCGCCGAUCAGUCAGAAACCGAGCAGCCACUUAGGAAGCGGACCAGCUCGGUCCCAGUGGCCGAUGCAGAGACUCCCCAGCAAGCUGAGGAUACGGUCAUGCACGAAGAUGAACCAACCCCAGCCAACGAAAGCAGCGGUACGCAAACCCCUGCUGAAGAGGUAGAUGUCUCUCCACGAAAGAAGUCCACAACUCGCGAGGAUGGAGCGGUAGAGCGCACAACUCGCGCGACAAAGAAGGGCACGCGCGGAUCAAAACGCAAAGUGGCAGCCGCCGCGGAGGCCGAUCAUGAUACAGACAAUGGCAGCCAUGACGGGGCCCGUGAUAGUGCUCGGGGGACUGAUGUAGAGCAACAUGGAGAGGAGCUGGAGGCUGAUGCGGACGAAGAGGUUGAUGCAGCUACUGCGCACGAUGAAGAGAGUAAGGAUCGCCCGGCCAACACUCCCAACUCGGUUGACCAUACUCACCCAACGACAGUGGAGCGAAAACACGCCGCGUUUAAAGAUUGGACACAUAUCGAGGAGAUGUUUGGGGUAUUCAGAGACAGACUGUACAAGGACCGGCUUCAACGACUCGAGGAAGAGGAGCAAUCCCUCAUCGCCAGUGUCCCAACGCAUCCCGAGUACCUUAACAUGAAGCAGUGUCUGGAUGACCGGUUGGAGCAGAAGCUCCGAGAGAUCAACAAUGAGCUCGAAUAUCGCGUCAAGGCACAUGAGAGGCGCGCAGUUGCUCAGCGAGCUCAAGUUUGGGGUCAAUACUAUCAGGCGGUACGAGAGAAGCGAGAAAAGACGCUGGAAGCUCUCAACCAGGAGUGGUACGACAUUCAAACAGCGAGGCGAAGCGCGCAUAGCCUGCAAGAUUGCGGCCUGCUCUUCCCCAAGGAUCCUGCCCAGCGAGUACGGAAUGCCAUUGCCUACAACACCGAGGUUUCGACUCUGGCCAGCAUUGCCAAGUAUGAAGGAUUCCCUGCAGGGCCAGAAAUGACGGGAGCGUCCCCCUCGGAACUUGAUGAUGACCUGGCUGCUAUUGAGCGAGCCAAACGAGCCCGGCAAAAGCCACCACCACAGCGACGCGAAGAGUACUAUACGCCGCCAUUCGAUCGCCUUGGCCCAGCGGGUGAGCAAUUCCUCCGGGAAACGCCUUGGGCCAACCCAAACCACCUAGCCCACAAGAUAUAUCCAACACCAGUGGCAACGGUCGAGGGACAAGUGGAGAAUGCGGCCAGUCGCGCAGUACCGCAGGGCCAGAUCCCGGCAGCAGCGGAUAUCAAGUCCAACCUGAACGCCGCUCAUCCUAAGCAACAUUCACCUUCAUUGCCAAACCGGUUGUCAGAAUCCCCCGAGCUGACACGGACAAUGAUCAACUCAGCUCAUAACCCAAUGAAACGGGUUGGCAGCCUCUCGAGUGUAAGCCGAGGAUCGAAAGCAGCCGCAGCUUGA